UUCAUCUUUCCCGUUCCUUAGCCGGACGGUAAGGUUGCAGGGAAGACAAAGCCAGGAGUCGCUGCUUCUCAUUCAUUUAUCUAUCUGCAACAGUUCAAAAGCUUGAUUCCUAUUUUUUUCCCAUCUCCGGUAGGCGAUUACCGUCUCAUUGGCGCCAACCUGUUUCGUGACGUUUGGUUGUUCCCCACCGCUUCCACAGUUCACAUAUUUCUAUCAGGAUGCAGCUGCGGAAUACCGCACAUGUGACCAACAUUAGUUAUUGGUUAAACUGGAGGGUCUUACUGUGUUCAGCUUCAGUUUUGCUUCCUAUGAUUAUUGCAUUGUUGAUCAUAUGGAAGCGUGAAGGUUCAAGGCAUUUGGCCCCUGCAAAAGGAGAUAACCAGCAGGACAGGAACCGGAUUUUAUGCGGUGAUGAAGCAUGGAAACCAUGCCUAAAAGGAAUUCACCCUGUCUGUUUGCUAGUUUAUCGGGUUGCUGCAUUCGUUUUGCUUUUAGUGACAUUAGUGGCUAAAAUUCUCUCUAAUGGUGGUACCAUUUAUUUAUACUACACUCAGUGGACCUUUACUCUAGUUACCGUUUAUUUUGGGUGUGCAUCUAUGCUCUCUGUGUAUGGGUGUCAUCAGUUUCAAAAAUCAAGAAGCAGCACCUUUAAUUUUAGUUUUGCUGGAACAGAUGCAGAGCAAGGGUCAAGCGCACCUCUCUUGCAUCAGAAUUCUACAAAUCUAUCACAUGAAAAUCGAUUCAUAGGCAUUUUGAGUUAUAUUAUGGAAGUUCUAUUCCAGACAAAUGCAGGUGCAGUGAUGCUUACAGAUAGCGUAUACUGGUGUGUUAUAUUCCCAUUUCUUACCAUCAGGGAUUACGAUUUAAGUUUUAUGACGGUGAAUAUGCAUACACUGAAUGUUGUUUUGCUUCUUGGAGACACAGCUUUGAAUUGCCUGCAACUGCCCUGGUUUCGGAUCUCUUUCUUUGUGCUAUGGACUGGUGCUUUCGUCAUUUUUCAGUGGAUUCUUCAUGCUUUUGUGUCAAUUUGGUGGCCAUAUCCAUUUCUUGAUUUGUCAUUACCCUACGCUCCAUUGUGGUACUUUGUGAUGGCAUUGAUGCAUAUUCCAUGUUAUGGCAUGUUUGUACUCAUUGUUGAUUUGAAACAUUAUUUUCUGUCAAAACGGUUCCCUUCCUCUCAUCAAUGCUAAGGAUUGAGAUUUUGAGAGUGUUUCUAUGUUGAGCGCCUAUAAAAGCACCUGCGGUUUGAGCUGUAGCAAAACUGAAUUCAGCUUUCGUCACUGCGGAGUGCAUGGCUGGGCUCUUUUACAUACUCUUAUACAACAAAGGAUCAUAUAAUCAAACAAAUUGCCGCAAUUGAGUCAAUGUAAUAAUUGAAGCUUCCAAGAACUGAAUUCAAAGGUUCUAGCAGAGCAACUAAGCAGACAUUGAAGUUGAACAUAAUCCGGGGGAAAAAAAUUGGAUGAUCCGCUUAUUUUUUCUACUACUCCUCUUUCUUUAUCGUCUCAUUAUAGUUGUCAUUAGACUGAGAAUAGGAUGAACAUGGGUACUUGUGAGAAUUUGAAAUAUGUACGAUGUUAAGAAAAAAAAUAUUUAUUGCUAUAAUUUUUUUUUUUUGGG